GCCGACCCGGACAGAUACAGUAUAUUCACAAUGCUGCUGGCGCCUGUUUUAUUUUUGUUUGUAUCUUCCAUGAGGGUUGUCUCAGGGGCAGAUUGGUGCUACCAGUCCCAAGUGACAUGCAAUUACACCUGCACAGGUCCAGAGGUGUGGGGAGUGCUUUCACAGCACUGCGGCGGCAGAUCUCAGUCUCCUGUUAACAUUGUUACAAGGAGAAUGCUGUAUAAAAGUCUCGCUCCCUUUGACUUGAUUGGCUAUGAAGAGGCUUUUCACGGUCGCCUCAUAAACAGCGGUCACACUGUUCGACUGGAGUUACCAUCUAGUAUCAGGAUCGGAGGAGGAAACCUUUCUGCACAACACAAGGCAGUUCAACUCCACCUGCACUGGGGCAAAGAAGGAGGACCGGGGUCUGAACACACAAUUGAUGGAGAACAAUUUCCAAUGAAGAUGCAUAUUGUCCACAUAAAAGAAGAAUACAAGUCUUUAUCCCAGGCUGUAAGAGACCGCACGGGUGUGGCUGUUCUUGGAUUUUUCUUUGAGGAGUCCAAGUCUGCAAAUAAGAGAUUUGAUCCACUUCUUAAUGCUCUGAAAUACAUCAAACGGCCCUCCAACAGCACGACACUGAGGGGUGUGUCCCUGGACAUGUUCACACCUGAUGAGGAGAAUAUGACCAGGUACUUUCGCUAUGACGGCUCCCUCACUACGCCCAACUGUGCUGAAGCUGUCGUCUGGAGCCUGUUUGAAAGCACAGUUCCUCUCAGCAGGAAGCAGCUCACUGCAUUCUCCCAGCUUCAGUUUUCUAACAGAAAGCAGAUGAUGAAAACCUACAGACCAGUGCAGCCCUUGAAUGGACGGCAGGUGUAUUACUCCGGAGGCCAUGUUUCUCUGGUUAGCACUGUGUUACUCAUCAUGUCAGUGGUGCUAUCCAGUGCACUCUCCCUGUCUCCCUCUGUUUAAUUCACUCAACCUUUAUCAAUAAAUACUGCUGUUUAUGUCCACUGAUGAUUGUCAAAUACAUGUAUGCACUGUGUGCGAUUUUAUAGUUGUAAAUGCAACCUCAUUCUUCAAAGCAUGUGUCAGAAGCAUUUUCUCUCUCGGUUCUAUACUGUAUAUCAAAUAUGAAUUGUAUAUUUAAGUUGUAGAUUUAGCAUCUUGACACCUCAUAAUUUGUUUCUUUUUUUAUUCCUGCAACAAACUGCACUGAAGUUCACUGACAAUACUGAUCAAUCACCCUUUUUUGACUUUUUGACUGAUUGCACAGAUAACUUCACAGACUAGGAUUAAUAGAUGUUGUUCUACUGCCUCUUGUGAUAUGUUAUCACAUUUGCUGGUGAUACUGAAGUGUUUCCUUCCUGUCCUGCAGAAAUUUGAACUCUGACCUGGCCUUUCUCCCAGUUCAGCGUCUUACCAGUUUAUCAUCUCAAUGAUGGUGUGCAUGUUAAAA